AUGCAAAUGCAUGUCGUUAAAGUGACAAUUGGAAAGAAACUUGGCUUGGAUCGCAAAUGGGUAAAUGAUGAUGUCUCCUUGUUUCUUACCCAGAAAGCUCGCGAACAGAUCUUCGAUGCUGCCGGCAACCAAAAUAUUGUACUCUAUGAGGGACCAAAUCUUAGAGUGCUAGGUGCGCCCUUGGAAUGGGGUCUUGAGUCGAAACUACGGCGGAUAAAUAGCAAGCCUGACCAUCCUAAGGUGCCUACGGAUAUACAGGAUAUCCUUAUUAUCCUGAAACUACUGAUAGAACGCAAUAACGGGCCAUUAAAUAGGCAGCAGGUGCGCGAGAAAAACACAAAUCACAUUAACGAGUUGAUAAGGCACUAACCUGUCAGAGAGUGUAGCGCUGAAGAUUGCAAGGAAGGCGAGUCCACUAUAUACUCCAAGCCAGUACCCAAUACGUUCGUUGGGCCUAGUAUCGUUGGCAUUUGUCCACCAUUGUAACCAAAGGGCUAGAUAUAUUAGCAAGGUCGUGGGGUAGCAAUAUGGCUUCCAAGACUUACAGGGGAAAGUGACGCCGACAACGAAGGCACAACACGCCAGUAGGUAAAGUGAGAUAGUCCACCACCCGGCGUUCUUUGCAUAGUAGGCAUAUACCUUCAUGUCCCCGGUCAUACGACUACUUUCAAGUUCAGGAUCUUCUAGUAUCUCAAGUUCAUGCAGCACGUCGUCUGAAAGUUGUUGUUCUGGUCGAGAUGUGGUAGUUGUUUGGCUUUGGUUCGCAAGUUGUUUGAUAUCAUCAUCUGCUGAUAAGCUUUCUAGGUUACCUUGCCGAGCAAUUUCCCCAUUUUCAUUGAGGAAAAUGAUGUUGUCUGCAAAACUAAGGUGGUUCGCUUUUCGCCAGUAUUAGCAAAGCGCUAGGUAACUAUAGUAUGAACACAAGGCUUACCAGAAUUUGUAGCAAGAAUAACAGUGGACUUUAGCUUCUUCAACAAACCGUCGGGCCCGAAAAUUGUAUCUAACAUGUGCCGCUCGGUCGCCCGAUCAAGCCCCGUCAAGACGUCGUCGAGAAUCAUAGUAGAGUUCCUGGAGUAAAGUGCACGAGCAAAGGACUAGAUAGAACAGGGUCAACAUUUAGUACGUAGUUUGCUUCUAACGGAAGGCCUAUCUACCACUUACCACGCGCAUUUUUUGACCGCCACUGAGCCUCGAGCCUUGGGUGCCAAUGUGUGUUUGAUCUCCGUUUGGUAGUUCCUCAAGAUCUGUUCGAAGGGCACAGGCAGAAACAACAGUAUCAUACCACUUUUUAUCCCACUCACUCAUACCAACAAUGUUACUUUGGACAGUCCCCCACGUAACCCAGGGGGAUUGCGGGCAAUAUGCAGCCAGAGAGAAGCCAGUUCUUAUUAAGCCGGAUACGGACGGCAUUUCACCAAGUAAAAGUUUUAGAAGAGUAGAUUUUCCAGAGCCAACGGAGCCAAAAACCAUGGUGAUUUCACCACGAGGAAUCUGGAAGUUAAGAUUCUUUAGAGUUGGCGAGUCACCUCCUAUUGUGUAACCUACCGACGCUCCCUCGACAACGGCUACAAAUGCAUCAGUGUCUGAGUCAGGGUCCUGUAUCUCCUUCAGAAUGAUAGUAUCUUUCAGGGUAUCAGCAGGAGUAGAAAGCCCGGAAACUGAAGAGUCCCUCCUAUCAUGCAGUGGUAUCCUGUAAUCCACUCUCUCCUGUGAGUUGAGGUAAUCUUGGAUACGGCCGAAGCAAUUGAGAACAGUUUGAAGGUUCUCGAAGCCAUUGAUAAUAGUGGUCAUUGGAUGAUUGAGUAGUUCAAAAAGGCUGAGCGAAGCAAAAGCGACUCCUUCAGUCAAUGUUCCUGUAUUAUUUUUCUUUGCCAGCAAGAUGAAUGCGGUGAAGCCCCAGACCGGAGCCAGUUCAGAAGAAGCAAAUGCUGGGAGGUUUCAACAUUAGCCGUCUUUUCAUUCCUUGUUAGGAGUAUUACUUGGCUUCGCUCACCCGCAACAAAUACUAGUAUGCUAUACACACCAUGGCGAAGAGAGGCACGAAUCUCGUCCAACCGCAGAUUUGUAAUACGGGAAGACACGAUGUCGGCUAGGCCAGUCAUUUUAAUUGCCUUUGUUGAGCCCAAUGACUUUGCAGUGGCAGCAAGACGAAUUUCUAUUGCUUCCAGCCACGGGAUUUGGGCAUCAGCUGCUGCCUUUGCAACAGGGACCCCUAUAAUCAAGCAGGCUAUAUAAAGUGGUUAGACUUGUCUCAAGGCGCCCGGAAUUAGACGUUGUCAUACCGAUAAUCCAUCCAACAGGAGCAACGAUGGCAAUUCCAAGGAGCCUGUGCAACUGCCAGAGAGCAAUAGCAAUCUCGAUGAAACCAGCAUAAACCUCGUGAACAAGAGUCAUGCUAUAGCCAAUACGGUCAAUAUCUGCACUCAUCAAAGUGAUUGCUUCUGCGUUGUCCUCAUUUGUGGAGCCGACGCGCAAAGUCUUGCCAAAUAUAAAGGUGACUAGACUACCGCGGUACAGAGUGAGCAAACGGUACGUUUUAUGCUCAUAAACCGCGUAUGCUACCUUCAUUCAUGUGUAAGUACUUAUGGUGAUUGAUACGCAGAUAUUAGUGGGAUUACUCACUGAAAGUCCAAUAUAAACAACUGCAUAGCCCCCGAUAAGUGAGUAGGCGAUAUUACUUGUCUGAGCAUGAGGGGCUUGGGCAGUAAAGUCGAGGACCCGUUGGACAAGAAAGGGCUGUGAGUAACUAAAACCGGUAUACGCCAAUCGAGGCAAGAUGCCGGCCAUGAUAUACCAUUUAUAAUGAGUGAAAAACACCCAAAAUAGGGAGUAUCUCUUAGUUUUAUCCGCUACGAGUACUAAGUCAGCACCACCCGAAAUCAAGAUAGAUGGAAACCAGAAAAGUUAAAGGAGUCAACAACGUACCAUUUUCCCAUUUUUCAAGAAGGGCAGUUGGCUCAGAUGCAGCCAGCAGCUCUUUGUCGAUAGGGGUUAUCGUAUUGACAGUUAGUAACGUCCGGAAACCGUUGAUGAACAGGCGGUUUAGCCAUAGGAAGAGCGAUCGGUUGAUAACGCCGCUUGUUGCUUCGGGAGAAGCAUCUUUCCACUUUGCCAGCAGGAGGUGGCGCUUCUCGGUAGCCUCCAGAAUAAAGGCCAGAGAUUUGACAAUAAAA